CCUGCCCCCGAGGCUCGGCUCCGCCCCGCCAGCCGGCUGCGCGGUCCUCGGGAGACCUCGCCCCAGUCGGCCGUUCCGCCUGCUCCAGUCAAAGUGGGCACUGUCGCUCUCAGCCCCGGCAGCCCGCGGUCGUCUCCAGACUGCCUGGGCUGGCCUGGAAGCCUUCCCUGGCCUUUUCGUGGUACCAGAUUGCCUUAUUGAACUCCUUGAGGACAACGAGACCUGGAACAGUGCCCUCCACACUGCCGACGACACUGCAGCCCACCAUGAGUCUUGACAUCCACUGUGAGCAGCUGAGUGAUGCCAGGUGGACAGAGCUCCUCCCCCUGAUCCAGCAGUACCAAGUGGUCAGGCUGGAUGACUGUGGCCUCACUGAGGUGCGGUGCCAGGACAUUAGCUCUGCACUUCGGGUCAACCCUUCCCUGACAGAGCUCAGCCUGCGCACCAAUGAGUUGGGUGACGCCGGGGUGCAUCUGGUUCUCCAGGGCCUGCAGAGCCCCAUCUGCAAGAUCCAGAAGCUGAGCCUCCAGAACUGCUGCCUGACGGAGGCUGGCUGUGGGGUCCUGCCUGGCGUGCUGCGCUCCCUGUCCACCCUGCGAGAACUGCAUCUCAACGACAACCCUCUGGGGGACGCAGGCCUGCGGCUGCUCUGUGAAGGGCUCCUGGACCCCCAGUGCCAUCUUGAGAAGCUGCAGCUGGAGUACUGCAACCUCACGGCCGCCAGCUGUGAACCUCUGGCCACGGUGCUCAGGGCCAAGCCCGACUUCAAGGAGCUCACAGUGAGCAACAAUGACCUGCAGGAGGCUGGCAUCCAGACGCUCUGCCAAGGCCUGAAGGAUUCUGCCUGCCAGCUGGAGAUGCUGAAGUUGGAGAACUGCGGUGUCACAGCGGCCAACUGCAAGGCUCUGAGUGCUGUUGUGGCUUCCAAGGCUUCGCUGCAGGAGCUGGACCUGGGCUGCAACAAGCUGGGUGACGAGGGCAUCGCAGAACUGUGCCCAGCGCUGCUGCGUGCCAGCAGCAGGCUUAGGACCCUCUGGCUCUGGGAGUGUGACAUCACCGGCGAGGGCUGCAAGGACCUCUGCCGUGUGCUCAAGGCCAAGCAGAGCCUCAAGGAGCUCAGCCUGGCUGAAAACCAGCUGGGGGAUGAGGGCGCCCGGCUGCUGUGCGAGAGCCUGCUGGAGCCUGGCUGCCAACUGGAGUCGCUGUGGGUCAAGACCUGCGGCCUCACAGCUGCCUGCUGCCCCUACUUCCGCUCGGUGCUGGCCCAGAACAAGUUCCUCCUGGAGCUGCAGAUCAGCAGCAACCAGCUGGGCGAUGCAGGUGUGCAGGCGCUCUGCCAGGGCCUGAGCCAGCCGGGCGCCGUGCUGCGGGUACUCUGGCUGGGCGAGUGCAACGUGACCGACAGUGGCUGUGACACCCUUGCCACGGCUCUGCUGGUCAACCGCAGCCUGCGGGAGCUGGACCUGAGCAACAACUGCGUGGGGGACCCCGGCAUACAGCGGCUGGUGGAGAGUCUCCGGCAGCCUGGCUGUGUCUUGGAACAGCUGGUCCUGUAUGACAUCUACUGGACUGAGGCGAUGGAAGAGCAGCUGCGGACCCUGGAGGAACUCAAGCCGUCCCUGAGGGUCAUCUCCUGAGUUCCUGCUUGCGGUUUCUGAAAUCUACCUGGACACCGCAUCCUCAGUCCCUCCUGGGGCUCUUACUCCUGGUGUCCUGGCUUUGACUGGGAAGAAAUGCCCUAACCCAGUACUUCAGCAAGAGAGCUUGAGACCCUGCAUAGUUAUUAAAGCACUUGUUGGCAGGAGGAUCCUUGUCCUUCCUUGUGGGUCCUGUGUGGCUCGCAGCUGCGGAGAAUGCCCUGUUCACACACAGUGCCCUGAGCAGGGCACAGGCUGCCAAAGGACCCCGCAGGCUAGGUAGCCAGGCCAGGCCCAGGAACCUCACCCUUGAGUCCUGCCCAUAUUGAGGGGAUCUGGCAUGGGCACUGUUGAGAUCCCAGGGGGCUAGGUGUGCUCAGUGGAAGAGCACAGCCCUGGCAGGGGUCAGACCUUGGGUUCGAUCUCUAGUGUUACAGAAAGAAGUCCCUCAAGAUGCCAAGCACGGUGGUACAGGCCUUGAGGCCAGCCUAGGCAACUUACCAAGACCUUCUUCCCAAAAAGGCCUGGGGAUGCAGCUCAGUGGUAGCACACUCCUGGUACCAAAAGAAAUCCACCCUCCCAGCUGAAGAAAUCCUAGGAGCUUUCUCGGUGAAUUAAAGUCGCGUUACCUGGGGAAGCCGAGAAAUGGCCGCUGGCUGGAAACAGGCGUGUGCAGGGCCAGAGGUGGCAGAGCAGAGCAGCUCUGCCUCCAGCGUCACUUUUGCCUGGUCUGUGGCCGUGUGAGUGUGGGGGGACUCUCCAGCUUGGGCAGCUUGAGGCAGCGCCCAUGCUGGUGUCCAUCAGAAUGUGCAACUCACAAGAGCAGCACCAUACAAAAAAUAGGAGUGGAUGUGUCUCCAAGAGGCCAAACAGGACAACGCCUCACACAAGGCUUCAAGUGUGGCUGCUAGCUGCACAGACCAGCUCCUGGCACCCACAGCCAUUCCUGCAAUGCACCUUUUCGUGUGCUCCAUUUUUAGUUUUCAAAGGUCAGCAUUGUCCACAACUUGGUGUGGUGGUUUGUCUUCACAUCACUUCAAUAUGUAGGUACAGACUGUAUUUCCCUAAUUUUGACUCCAUGCAGACACACUUCCACAAUAUUGACUGUGUAAGCAUUGUGUGUUGCCAAAAUAAAAGCAAAGAGUUCUUUCUGAA